GAGCAGGGGGAAAAGGCGGAACAAACCGGUGUGCUCGGAUACAUGCUGUAGCUGCUCGCCCGCACUGCAGAUUAACUCUUACCGUGCCGGGAGAUGCAGCGAAACAUGGAAAGGAUUGGUCAGAGCUUUUCUUGUUCAAAGCUCACGUAACAACUCCUCGGCCAACUAUCACUUUCCCAGGGGAUUGCAAGGACGCCUCCUAAUCUCUGCUCAUUUUUCAAUCUGCCACACAGUGUGUGGACGGAGGCCAGGCACACAGAGGCCAUAACAUAGGGAUGUGCACAGAAGAGGGAAGGCGAAAAGUGGCCCUCUUAGCAUUAUGUGUGUUCCUCUAGAGCUGUGAAGAACUGUAGAAGAAUCUCUUCUCUGUCCAAAGCACACCACAGAGUAUGACUUGUUUUUUCCUCACAUAUGGUGACAGCAGCUGAGUUUGGCCACACCUUGAUGUGUGUGGGCCUCUGUGCAGGCGAGUGUACCUAACAGACUGUGUUUAAGGAACGGUAGGCCAGAGGCGGGUGUAGAGUGUGACCUUUUGGUUCCGGAUGCAGAACAUCCUUGAUCAAAACUUAGACAUGGCCACAGCUCUACUCGCCGGCGAGAAGCUGAAGGAGCUGAUUCUGCCGGGAUCCUCUCAGGAUGAGAAGGGUGGGGCACUGGCUGGACUGAUGGUCCAGCUCAAACUGGAACUGCCCUUUGAUCGAGUUGUUACUAUAGGGACUGUUAUCAUCCCCAUUCUGCUGGUCACUCUCGUCUUUACAAGGAACUUUGCAGAGGAGUCCAUAUACUGUUACACACCCCACAACUUUACCAGAGACCAGGCACUGUAUGCAAGAGGCUACUGCUGGACAGAGCUCCGUGAUGCUGCCCCUGGUGUGGAACCUCAACUCUGGCCUUCACUGUUUGAACACAAGUUCCUGCCCUAUGCUCUGCUUGCGUUUGCAGGAAUCAUGUACAUCCCGGCUUUGGGCUGGGAGUUUCUUGCCUCUACACGACUCACUUCAGAGCUCAAUUUCCUGCUUCAAGAGAUUGAUAACUGCUAUCAUCGAGCUGCUGAAGGCAGAGCCCCAAAGAUUGAGAAGCAGAUCCAAUCCAAAGGACCUGGUAUAACUGAGCGAGAGAGAAGGGAGAUCAUAGAGAAUGCAGAGAAGGAGAAGAGCCCAGAGCAGAACCUGUUUGAGAAGUAUUUGGAGAGACGGGGCCAAAGUAACUUUCUGGCUAAGAUUUACCUGGCACGCCACCUUGCUAUUAUCUGCCUCAGUUCGAUCCCCAUUUCCUACCUGAGCGCCUACUAUGCCCGCCAAAGGCAGAAUGAAUUCACCUGUGCCCUUGGUGAGCCCCCGGACAUUAGCAGCUAUACAGAGCUGAAGCUCAGGGUUAACUGUAAGCUGCCUGCUGUGCAGCUGCAGCGUAUCAUGGCAGCAGUAGAUAUUGCACUCCUCUGCACCAUGAACCUCAUCAUUCUGCUUAAUUUACUGCAUCUGUUUGUAGUCCGCAAGUCGAACUUUGUAUUUGACAAACUGCAUAAAGUAGGUAUUAAGACACGACGGCGUUGGCAGAAGUCUCAGUUCUGUGAUAUCAAUAUCCUGGCCAUGUUCUGCAAUGAGAACAGAGACCACAUCAAGUCGCUCAACAGGCUGGAUUUCAUCACCAAUGAGAGUGACCUCAUGUAUGACAAUGUGGUCAGGCAGCUGUUAGCCGCACUUGCACAGUCCAACCAUGAUGCAACGCCUACUGUGAGGGACUCUGGGAUACAAACAAUUGAUCCUAAUAUGGAUCCCUCUGAUCUCGGAGUGGGAGAAAUUGGUGGGGAGCCGCUGGUCAUCAAACGGCCUCGUAAGAAGAUAAAAUGGAUCCCGUCUUCAAAUCCCCUUCCUCAGCCAUUCAAGGAACCCCUGACCCUGACACGUCUGGAAAACAACACCAAGCCUGAAAAACCUAAGCCUCUCAGACGAAAAACAGUAGCAGACAGCUUCAUCGCACCACUUCUGGAUAGUAAGAGCACACAGCAUCCUGCAACAAAAGAUUUAAGUGGAAUGGAGAAAAAGCACACUCGCAACUUUUCGCUGGACGUCCACCCGUACAUGCUGACAAUUCGUAAACCCAAGGUGGAAACAGUAACCACAGAACCUCUUCCCUCAGAGCACAACAUGGACACAGUAUACCUUGAAGGCACACAUACUAUUGUUCAUGUUUCUGGAGCAAUUACAGAGACCAAGGUUUGUUCUCCAGAAGCAACCAACACUGCCUUUUCCACAGUGACCCUUCCCACCAACACAUAUGUAAAUGGUGUGAGCCCAAACCCACCAUCCAGUGAUGAUCCCCUCAGUCCCAAAUCCUCGCCUCCACAAGGGGAACCCCUCUCCCAGGUGGAAAACCCUGAGUCCCAGCCACCACCUCUGACCAGGGCACCUACACACCAGCUGCUGAGUAUUCGUCAUACUCUCUUUGAGGAACCAGAGGAUGAAGAAAACCGUAGGGACAGACUAGCAGAGAGACCUGGGGAGCUUAUCGCUGCUGGGGAAUGUUGAAAAAGGGAAAGGAGAGGAAUCCCGAUUGAGAUUCUUCUUUCAAUCUAUUCUACACGACACAACCCUCUGCGCACAUGACCACCAUGUCACCUCCUAUCAACAACCACCUCUAUUCUUUGAAUGAAGUCACACACUUCUGUGAUGGGUGGAUUAGACUGACUGAUGACAAGAAAUCCUACUGUGUCAAAGAGUCAGUACGGCUAUAAAAAUGACUGACAAGGAAAAUUAAGUAAAGAAGAUAAAUAAGACAGGGGUUUGUGUUCUUGAUAGUGUUGACGAGAGUAUUACGGUAGGAAAUGAUGUCACAUUCAUGUCUCAGGAUGACUGUGUACAGCUAAUCGCCCUCCAAUGAAACCAGCAGUGAUAAAAUUCAACAGGGUGCUACAGUGCAGGGUCAUACACUUACAACUAAUUAAAAUGAAAGACUCUGUACGAUUGAGUGAACUUCCUAAGAGCGAUCACCUUCAAAAAGCAUAGAGACAAAGAUGACUGCAUCAUGGCUUCUAACAAAUGUAUUUUAAACACAUAUGAUAUCGCUUAGUCCCUUUAUCCCAAUAGCCAAGUAGACAGGUAGCUCAUGCAAUACAGUUGUUGAGAUCUGCACAAUUAAUAUGCAAAAGAUCACAAUAUAUUUGUGGCAAUAAUGUAUGCGCUUAUGGCAUCAUAUUUCACACGCUAUACAUGUAUUGACACUGUAUAUGACUCAGUGUUUGUGGGGUGUUUAAAAUAUAACACGCUAUUCAUGGCUUCACCGUUGCCAUUUCACACCUAAUUAGGCACAUGUAUCAGAUGUUGUAUUUGCACGGCAUCAACCAUCACUAAAUUGAUAUAUUAAAUUAAGGAACAGCAAAAUAACAGACUUCAAGAAUGAAACUAUGGUUUUGUGAGGUAUCAUGAAACUAUCAAAUGUGACAGGUAGGUAUUAGAUAUAGGCUACUUUGACAUUUAGUACAGAGGGAGAUAUGGAUGUCUAAUUUUUGGAGACUAUAAAGGCAGCCCCAUUAUUACGAAUGGAGCUGGACUCAUCGACAAAGUAUAUGGCUGUUGUUUUUUCCGAACUUCUUGUUGGAGUGUUGUAAUGUUCAAGUGAAUGAAGUGAUGAAUAGAUGUUGAAUUGUUAUUGGGAAGGUUUAUUACAAGGUAACCGCAGAUCUGACACAUUUUUUUUUUUUUUUUUUUUUCAGUACUUCUACCCUGUCUCACAUUGUACUAACAUCUGCCUGAUCACAAAAAUACACAAAAGAAUGAAUAGUCAGACUUGUGGGUUUGUUAAUUGUAGUAGAAAUAAGCAUAUAAGGUAUGUUAGCACUUUUCAAGGGAAUGAGUGCCUAUCACAGCUCUCCAAAUCCAUUUCAGCUGUAUUUAUUACAAAGCCUUCAAUAAAGGAACAGUCUGCACUUGACACACCAAUAUGACAUUUACUGUAGAAGGAAUUAGGGCUGUUGUCAAGGGCCUACAUAAAGGUAGACCUGUGCAUAAUUCAUUCAACUCUUUUUUUUUUUUUUUUUUUUUUUUUUUUUUGUGGAUAUAAUGAAAUAAUCCAUGUCAUUGUCACAAUACAGGUUGGCUCAAAUUCCCUUGUUAGACUACUCAAGCACAUGAAAUGCAUCCAAAAGCACUUUAAAACUUGUAGCACGACUGUGUGUGACUAUGUUAAAUGUAACACAGCUCUGCUUUAGCUGGUUUUCUGUGUAGAUUUUCACAUUGAGACUGUUAGGGAUGCAAAUCUCUGGCAGUCUCAAUGCUAGUGGAAAACGUGGAGAACAGACAUUGAUUGUAAUGUGUAAAAUGUGAUAAAGCAAAGUAAUUAAAACGUUUUAUUUACAAAAAAAA